UCGUCCUACCUCCAGCACCCCCCAGCGCGGGAGCGGGCGCUCUUCCCUUCGCCAUCCUCCGACAUUUCACCCCGGGGACUAGGCGCCGCCUCCGGCGCAGCUCACGGAGCAGGGGCCGGUCUCCUGCUCGCCUGUCGCGCCUCCAUGUCGGAUAACCAGAGCUGGAACUCGUCGGGCUCGGAGGAGGAACCGGAGACGGAGUUCGGGCCGCCUGUGGAGCGCUGCGGGGUCCUGAGCAAGUGGACAAACUACAUUCAUGGAUGGCAAGAUCGUUGGGUAGUUAUGAAAAAUAAUACUUUGAGUUACUACAAAUCUGAAGAUGAGACAGAGUAUGGCUGCAGAGGAUCCAUCUGUCUUAGCAAGGCUGUCAUCACGCCCCAUGAUUUUGAUGAAUGUCGAUUUGAUAUUAGUGUAAAUGAUAGCGUUUGGUAUCUUCGUGCUCAGGAUCCAGAUCACAGACAACAGUGGAUAGAUGCCAUCGAACAGCACAAGACUGAAUCUGGUUAUGGAUCUGAAUCCAGCUUGCGUCGACAUGGUUCAAUGGUGUCACUGGUGUCUGGAGCAAGUGGCUAUUCUGCAACAUCCACCUCUUCAUUCAAGAAAGGCCACAGUUUACGUGAGAAAUUGGCUGAAAUGGAAACCUUUAGAGAUAUCCUAUGUAGACAAGUUGAUACUCUACAGAAGUACUUUGAUGCCUGUGCUGAUGCUGUCUCCAAGGAUGAACUUCAAAGGGAUAAAGUGGUAGAAGAUGAUGAAGAUGACUUUCCUACAACGCGUUCUGAUGGAGACUUCUUGCAUAAUACCAAUGGCAAUAAGGAAAAAUUAUUUCCACAGGUAACACCAAAAGGAAUUAAUGGUAUAGACUUUAAAGGGGAGGCAAUAACUUUUAAAGCAACUACUGCUGGAAUCCUUGCUACACUUUCUCAUUGUAUUGAACUAAUGGUAAAACGUGAGGAGAGCUGGCAAAAGAGAAUGGAUAAGGAAAUGGAGAAAAGAAGAAGAAUAGAGGAAGCAUACAAAAAUGCCAUGAUAGAACUUAAGAAAAAAUCCCACUUUGGAGGACCUGAUUAUGAGGAAGGUCCAAACAGUCUGAUUAAUGAAGAAGAGUUCUUUGAUGCUGUUGAAGCUGCUCUUGACAGACAAGAUAAAAUAGAAGAACAGUCACAGAGCGAAAAGGUCAGGUUACAUUGGCCUACAUCUAUGCCAUCUGGAGAUGCCUUUUCUUCUGUGGGGACUCAUAGAUUUGUCCAAAAGCCCUAUAGUCGCUCUUCCUCCAUGUCUUCCAUUGAUCUAGUCAGUGCCUCUGACGAUGUUCACAGAUUCAGCUCCCAGGUUGAAGAGAUGGUGCAGAACCACAUGACGUAUUCAUUACAGGAUGUAGGUGGAGAUGCCAAUUGGCAGUUGGUUGUAGAAGAAGGAGAAAUGAAGGUAUAUAGAAGAGAAGUAGAAGAAAAUGGGAUUGUUCUGGAUCCUUUAAAAGCUACCCAUGCAGUUAAAGGAGUUACAGGACACGAGGUCUGCAAUUACUUCUGGAAUGUUGACGUUCGCAAUGAUUGGGAAACAACUAUUGAAAACUUUCAUGUGGUGGAAACAUUAGCUGAUAAUGCAAUCAUCAUUUAUCAAACUCACAAGAGAGUGUGGCCUGCUUCUCAGCGAGAUGUAUUAUAUCUUUCUGCCAUUCGAAAGAUACCAGCCUUGACUGAAAAUGACCCUGAAACUUGGAUAGUUUGUAAUUUUUCUGUGGAUCAUGAUAGUGCUCCUCUGAACAAUCGAUGUGUUCGUGCCAAAAUAAAUAUCGCUAUGAUUUGUCAAACCUUGGUUAGCCCACCAGAAGGAAACCAGAAGAUUAGCAGGGACAACAUUUUAUGCAAGAUUACAUAUGUAGCUAAUGUGACUGAAACAAGGCUGUGUGACAUUCCAUGUUGGAGGGAAAACUUUAAAAAAACCACACACACACAAAUUGAAUGCUCUAAGUUGGAACGUAGGAUCUACAGCCUUGUCUAUGGCCCAACACCUUGACCUUGUGUACAAAAAUGAAGAAAUGUUGCAAUAGCAAAGCUGAACGUCUAACCCUAGCUGUCGCCCGCUAGACCUCCAUGCUCAGCUAUAAUUAUAAAUACAUGUAAAAUUACAUGAACAUGGCUAUAUUUUUAUUUGCUUGCUACUAAAAGAGAGAAAAAUCAGCUUUGAAUCACAACUAGGAAUUGAUGCUUUAAUUUUUGGAAACUUUUUUAGAAUUUUUAAUUUAGUACAUGGUCCAGCCUAAGAUCCUCAGUUGUAUCAGGUUUUGUGCACAAAAGAAAAGCACGAAAGUGGAAUGCUCAUGGGGCGUGUGCUUUCUGUGCACCAAAUACCUGGACGGGGCUCUUUUUUCAGGCCUGCAGUUCAGUCUGUGUCUAGAAUUUUUCAGCCUUUUUUUUUUGCUUGUAUAAUCAUAGAAUUCAUUGCUGCUGAUUUCUGUACUGAUUCAUGUAGUAAUGUAAAGUGUCUCUUAAUAACUGAGGGCUGUCAAUAACCUGUGAUUUUGCCUUUUCUAUAUUCUUACUCCCAUGAAGAACCUUUGUUCUGAUGGAGAAAGAAUGAAAAGCUUUAUUCCUCUCCCCCUCCUACAACCCCAGUUAUCUUUAUAGUUCCUGUAUUUUUAGUUGUAUUCUGUACACUAUAGCUUUUUUCUUUUUUUUCAGUUUGUUAGAAACAGAAUUUGGCAAUUUCUAAAUUGGUUCUGCCUGCCUUUGAACAGAAACAUCUGUAUAAAUCUUGUGGGUAUAAACUGCUUUCUGGAAAAAUGGUCAGGAUAAAAUGAACUCAGAAUUUUUAAUGAAAUUUGUAAGAGGAUAUGCAGUUAUUGUGAAAGCAAAUCAGACUGAGUUUGACAUUUGAUUCAAUAUUUUUAGGACUCAGUAACAGGUUUUUUUUUUUUUUAGUUUUUCUAAUUUGGGUUAGUUUAAAAGAUAUAUUGCAAGAUAUGCAUAGAAAUGUGAGCAGUGCUUCUGUUGCCUUUUGAUCAGAAACUUCAGCAGAGCUUUAACGCUGUGAUUCAGACUGAAAUUCUUUCCUUAGUGGCUAUAAGAACUUAAAUGUAAAAUCCUUUUUUAGUUUUAUUAGUUUUAGGCCUCUGUGAAAAACCGUGAAGCAUGAAGUUGAGGCAAGGAAUUAUACUCAUCAAAGUAGAAAUGACUGCCCACUUCAAAACCUUCAUUAUGUUUCUACACAAACGUGCUUGCAUAAAUCAGAGGCAUUUUGUAGAUGCUUUGCUGACUUACUCAUCUCUGUAGAAACACAGAAAUCCAACCCAUUUUGUAAAGCAGAAAGUCAUGUCACGUGGAACAUGUCUUGUAUAUAUUUCAUAUGUGGUAUUGGAGUCUUAAUGAUAAAUGCAAGGUGAUAAUUUAAUGAUGGGAUUAGUCUGGUCACUUCAUAUGCACAAUCCUGGAGGUGAAUUACUUGCAUCAAAUGUAGUGGUAUUUAUUAUUCUGUACAGAGAGGAAAUACAUGUAAAACAUAUGCUUACAUUACAUGCACGCAGAUUUCAUGCUCCAUAAAUCUUUUCUAUUUUUUAAUUUACUUUUCUCUAAAUGAUGUGCAUGGAAUAUGCCUUAUUAUAGAAAAAUGCUGUUCAUAAUUUGACUACGUGGAAAAGUGCCUAUGGUGGUAAUGCUAAUAAGGCAAAUAAGACAAAUUCUAUCAGUUUACUACAUCACCAGUUAACAUUUUAUAUUAUGAUGUUUAAAAAAGAAAAGUUUAUACCUCAAAUGUGUAUUUUAUUUUACAAUCAGCUGUGGGUCAGGGUGUGGGAGUAUGGGAGGGUUGGGGAGGGGAGGUAUAUUCACCAUAGAUGCUGAUGGAAUCUUCAAAAAAAGUUCUAUAUGCCCACUAUAAAUGUUUCUCUGUUUGCCAUUUUUUUCUGGUAACUAUCAUGAACACAGACAAGUAACUCUUUCGUAACUAAGUUAAAUAGCUUUGUUUUACAGAGGUAUGGAAAGUUUACAAAGCAGUAUCUAAAUCUAAUUAUCAUUAGUUGCAUUUGCACUAAAUGUUAAUGAUAUACUUUUGCAAUUCUGUAAAUAAAAUGAUUACUCUAAAAUAUUUGUAUUAAAAAGGAAAAGAAAAAGAUACAUUUUACCUUUAGAUAACUGCACUGGUACUUUACUAGAGUUAAUCCUGUCCAACCAGAUUUAGAAAUGAGUAGGAGAGUAUGAAAAGAAUUUAAAACAGGUUAUAAUUUGGAUAGGUACUAGCCCUUUAGACAAUUUUCAAACCCUCUAGAAUUCCGUCUGGCUAAUUCCUACAUACUCUGAAUAUACAUGAUGUUUUCUCAUCCAUAGUUAUUUUCUACUUCUCUUCCCCAAGCCAAAAAAAAUUAUCUUUUUACUCUUUUUUCUACUCAGUUACUCUUUUUGUACUAUGAUAGAAACUUUAAAAAUAUUGGUGAUAAGGGAUUUUGUUCCCUGAGUGCCCACUCUACAGUUCAAGAGAAAGAGCACAGUGUUUCAAUUAGAAUUCAGGACUCGUGGUUUUGAGGUGGAGGGUGAUCAUAGCAGCUCUUGGUUUGGGAUCGCCACAGGGGCAGCCAGACCUAGGAGGAGGUUGACUGAGAGAGGUGUUAGAAUACAAAAUAAGGCAAAGGAAGAAUAGGUUUCCCAUUUGUUCAGUUUCAUCAACUAAUUUGUACACCUACACAACAUCAGUGUCGAUUGCUUUGAGAAGUUUUUAGUAGGGCUGAGCUGGUUCUCGUGAAAUUGUGCUGGUUAUCUUUAAACUUAUCAGUUGUUUGUCCAAUUAAACAUUUUCUCCAGUAUUUAGUCCAAGUUAUACAGACGAUGUAUGUGGAUUAUUGUUAUUGUUCAUCUACAAACUCAAAACAUAAUCAUUUUAAAGUACCUUGGGAGUGUAUAGAGUGUAACUAUUCUAUAAUAGCUUUAUGAUCCUGAUGAUGUUUUUUUUAAAAAAAAUAAUAAAGUUGGAUCUUCCAUGUUACAAUUGCAAAAUUAAAACCAGUAUUUAAAAGUGGAAAAGUAUUAAAAUAUUAUGGACAAA